UGGGUACCUAUAUGCAAGUGCUGCCUACCAAGCAUCAUUUGUACAUAAGUAAUAGGAGAGUAAGAAUGGCCGAAAGUCGACGGCCGGAAGAUAUUACCGAUAUCAACUAACUAAUAUUUUAUUUUCAGAUACUUACCUACAUGAAAAUAUUUUUUUGUCAUUAACUUGACUUUUUUAGCUUUUGCGAUGUCGUGGGAGCCACAGUAACAGCAAACCCACUUAUUAAAGCAAAGACAGGUAGGUAAGUGAUGUAUUUUUCUGUUUUCCGGUCGGAAAACGUCACCUUUACACCCUGAAGGGCUAAGCGAAGUUGCCGCCUUCCGGCUCCGUCGAACAGAAAAAUAGUAUACACACCUCGGCCAUGCAGUAAAUAAGAAAAUAUCAGAUCACAUUUUAGUUUGAAUUUGGUGUGAUCUGACACAUGUCUCACUUGACUGCUCGAGAUAUUUAAUACGCCUAGUAUUAAGACUAUUUAUUUUAGUUUUUAAGAAUCAUGUAAAAGUGCAAACAAGUAUUAAACGAUACAUUUUUGCACUUCCUUAUUUAAAUUUGUUCAAUAACCAUCGGAAAAUCGGAACUUUUGGGUAGGGUAGGAUUGUUAGGUAGGGCACUCUACAGUAGGCAGGCAGGGUUUAUGUAAAAUACCAUUGCUUUUACCAAAAAAAUUCUGAUUCUGAUGUUAAGUUUUAUUUAAUUAGCAUUUAUUCAUAAUUCUCGCUACUAUUGCCGCAGCCGCUGUCUCACUCACAGCGAGUGUGGCGACAGUAGGAGACUCAUCCCGAUCAUAAUUCUCGCUACUAUUGCCGCAGCCGCUGUCUCACUCACAGCGAGUGUGGCGACACUAGUAGACUCAUCCCGAUCAUAAUUCUCGCUACUAUUGCCGCAGCCGCUGUCUGGCUCACAGCGAGUGUGGCGACAGUAGGAGACUCAUCCCGAUCAUAAUUCUCGCUACUAUUGCCGCAGCCGCUGUCUCACUCACAGCGAGUGUGGCGACAGUAGGAGACUCAUCCCGAUCAUAAUUCUCGCUACUAUUGCCGCAGCCGCUAUCUGGCUCACAGCGAGUGUGGCGACAGUAGGAGACUCAUCCCGAUCAUAAUUCUCGCUACUAUUGCCGCAGCCGCUGUCUCACUCACAGCGAGUGUGGCGACAGUAGGAGACUCAUCCCGAUCAUAAUUCUCGCUAUUAUGGCUCAGCUAAUGGUACACUUCAUUUUGCCAUCUCUUUUAUUUUCAGAAGGCAGGUAGGUAAGUGAUGUAUUUUUCUGUUUUCCGGUCGGAAAACGUCACGUUUACACCCUAAAGGCCUAAACGAAGCCUUCCGGCUGGGUCGAACAGAAAAAUAGUAUACACACCUCGGCCAUGCAGUAAAUAAGAAAAUAUCAGAUCACAUUUUAGUUUGAAUUUGGUGUGAUCUGACACAUGUCUCACUUGACUGCUCGAGAUAUUUAAUACGCCUAGUAUUAAGACUAUUUAUUUUAGUUUUUAAGAAUCAUGUAAAAGUGCAAACAAGUAUUAAACGAUACAUUUUUGCACUUCCUUAUUUAAAUUUGUUCAAUAACCAUCGGAAAAUCGGAACUUUUGGGUAGGGUAGGAUUGUUAGGUAGGGCACUCUACAGUAGGCAGGCAGGGUUUAUGUAAAAUACCAUUGCUUUUACCAAAAAAAUUCUGAUUCUGAUGUUAAGUUUUAUUUAAUUAGCAUUUAUUCAUAAUUCUCGCUACUAUUGCCGCAGCCGCUGUCUCACUCACAGCGAGUGUGGCGACAGUAGGAGACUCAUCCCGAUCAUAAUUCUCGCUACUAUUGCCGCAGCCGCUGUCUCACUCACAGCGAGUGUGGCGACACUAGUAGACUCAUCCCGAUCAUAAUUCUCGCUACUAUUGCCGCAGCCGCUGUCUGGCUCACAGCGAGUGUGGCGACAGUAGGAGACUCAUCCCGAUCAUAAUUCUCGCUACUAUUGCCGCAGCCGCUGUCUCACUCACAGCGAGUGUGGCGACAGUAGGAGACUCAUCCCGAUCAUAAUUCUCGCUACUAUUGCCGCAGCCGCUAUCUGGCUCACAGCGAGUGUGGCGACAGUAGGAGACUCAUCCCGAUCAUAAUUCUCGCUACUAUUGCCGCAGCCGCUGUCUCACUCACAGCGAGUGUGGCGACAGUAGGAGACUCAUCCCGAUCAUAAUUCUCGCUAUUAUGGCUCAGCUAAUGGUACACUUCAUUUUGCCAUCUCUUUUAUUUUCAGAAGGCAGGUAGGUAAGUGAUGUAUUUUUCUGUUUUCCGGUCGGAAAACGUCACGUUUACACCCUAAAGGCCUAAACGAAGCCUUCCGGCUGGGUCGAACAGAAAAAUAGUAUACACACCUCGGCCAUGCAGUAAAUAAGAAAAUAUCAGAUCACAUUUUAGUUUGAAUUUGGUGUGAUCUGACACAUGUCUCACUUUACUGCUCGAGAUAUGUAAUACGCCUAGUAUUGAGACUUUUUUUUUUAGUUUUAAAGAAUCAUGUAAAAGUGCAAACAAGUAUUAAACGAUACAUUUUUGCACUUCCUUACUUAAAUUUGUACAAUAACCAUCGGAAAAUCGGAACAUUUGGGUAGGGUAGGAUUGUUAGGUAGGGCACUCUACAGUAGGCAGGCAGGUUUUAUGUAAAAUACCAUUGCUUUUACCAAAAAAUUUCUGAUUCUGAUGUUAAGUUUUAUUUAAUUAGCAUUUAUUCAUAAUUCUCGCUACUAUUGCUGCAGCCGCUGUCUCACUCACAGCGAGUGUGGCGACACUAGGAGACUCAUCCCGAUCAUAAUUCUCGCUACUAUUGCCGCAGCCGUUGUCUCACUCACAGCGAAAGUGGCGACAGUAGGAGACUCAUCCCGAUCAUAAUUCUCGCUACUAUUGCCGCAGCCGCUGUCUCACUCACAGCGAGUGUGGCGACAGUAGGAGACUCAUCCCGAUCAUAAUUCUCGCUACUAUUGCCGCAGCCGCUGUCUCACUCACAGCGAGUGUGGCGACAGUAGGAGACUCAUCCCGAUUAUAAUUCUCGCUACUAUUGCCGCAGCCGCUGUCUCACUCACAGCGAGUGUGGCGACAGUAGGAGACUCAUCCCGAUCAUAAUUCUCGCUACUAUUGCCGCAGCCGCUGUCUCACUCACAGCGAGUGUGGCGACAGUAGGAGACUCAUCCCGAUCAUAAUUCUCGCUACUAUUGCCGCAGCCGCUGUCUCACUCACAGCGAGUGUGACGACAGUAGGAGACUCAUCCCGAUCAUAAUUCUCGCUACUAUUGCCGCAGCCGCUGUCUCGCUCACAGCGAGUGUGGCGACAGUAGGAGAUUCAUCGUAACAACCGUUUGCUCAUAGCGUAGACAAGGGAAUGCGGAACACGCGGGAGAGUGCAAAUAUUGGAGCCGCUAUGUACACCGCUGAAGCAGGUGGCGCUUUGCGGCGCCAUACUCUUGUGGUAAUUGGAUUGGCAAACGUGAGCGCUUGUCACACUAGUCACCGCAUGAUACCGCACUGUAGGCUAUACCCACCUACUUUAGCAGCCCAACUUGAUGGUGCAAUAUUAGGCACUACCUACUUCACGUGUGCGCGUCGUAUGGCCUUGUUUAUGCGCGGAGAAUGUUUGUUUAACUAACUAUAUAAUAACUAAAGAAGCCAAUUUCAAUCUCCAGAUAAAAAUUACAACAGCAGAUGCGACGCUAUGAACAAGGAAAAUUCGACAAAUAAAUGGAUCGACAGGGUGGAGCUGGUGGGGAAAUGCUACCGUUUGCUCCUGGACGAACAGCCACAGACACAAAAAAAUGCCAGCGGGCUAUGUGAAGCAGAGGGCGCGCGUCUGGUGGUGUUAGAAAACGAGGAGGAGCACAAUAUCGUCGCGGAGAUAACAGAAGGGGUGGGUGAUGGCUACGGCUUCUGGACUGACUACACGCGGGAAUCGAAUGAGGAUCUGUUUCAAACUAGCGAUAAGGAGACGAUUCACGAGGUGGGCUACCAGAAGUGGAGCAAGGAACUGAAUUUACAAGAUUUCGCUAGACAAUGGUAUAUGGGAAUCAUGCUCACUCCCGACGAGUGCAUGUACAAUAUAAUGAAAGAUGUAAAGACAUGCUUCGCAUUAUGCGAAAAAUCAAUUUCCAUGGAGAAAAUUGGGCUGGUUUAGGAAAAUAAAAGAUUACGAUACC